AUGAUGCGAACCGGUGUGAAUGCCAAGGACAAAUCUAUGUCGAACGAACGCAGCGUGCUGCGCAUUGGCAUGUACCGCCUGGGCAAGACGCUGGGCGUGGGCUCCUUCGGCAAGGUCAAAGUGGCGGAGCACGAGGUGACGGGGCACAAGGUGGCGAUCAAGAUACUGAACCGGUCGAAGAUCAAGGCCCUCCCGCGCAUGGACGAGAAGAUCCAGCGCGAGAUCCAAAUGCUCAAAUUCCUCCGACACUCGCACAUCAUCAAGCUGUACGAGGUGAUCGAGACGGCGUCAGACAUCUUCAUGAUCAUGGAGUACGUGUCGGGCGGCGAGCUGUUCGACUACAUCGUGUCUCACGGCAAGCUGUCGGAAGACGACGCGCGGCGCUUCUUCCAGCAGAUCAUAUCAGGCGUGGACUACUGCCACCGGCACAGGAUUGUACAUAGGGACCUGAAGCCGGAGAACCUUCUGCUCGACGACUCGCAUCAAAACGUCAAGAUCGCCGAUUUCGGAUUGUCCAAUUUCAUGCAAGACGGCGACUUUUUGACGACGAGCUGCGGGUCGCCCAAUUACGCCGCGCCCGAAGUCAUCUCCGGCCACUGUGGGGUGAUCCUCUACGCGCUCGUGUGCGCGCGACUGCCCUUCGACGACGAACACAUCCCGAACCUCUUCAAGAAGAUCCGCCUGGGCGCCUACACCAUUCCCUCCCACGUGACCCCCGGCUGCCGCAGCUUGAUCAUGUCGAUGCUCAACGUUGACGCCCUGGCACGCGCCACGAUAGAAGACAUCAAAGCGCAUCCGUGGUAUCAGGUGAACCUGCCCGAGUACCUCAAGUACACCCCCGUCAAGAUCACGCUGGCGCGAGAGGAGGACAUCGAGGAGGACGUCCUCCAGGAGAUUCUCACCAAAUUCGAGAUGACGAGAGAGGCGGCCAUUCCGCUGCUGCUGGAGGCGUCGUUGGAAGAGGACGCCGGGUCGUCGGCACAGGGAAACGACAUCAUGGUGGCCUACCACCUCAUUCACGAUGCCCGCCGCAUGUAUGAGUACAAAGCGUUUGCUCCCGGCGACUAUGAGACGGAGGACUUGGAUGUGUUCAUGCGGCCAACGCCGUACGGCGCGGCGCUCUUCUCUCCUCCGCCAUUGCCGUCGCCGUUUGCGAGUGCGGCCGCGGUGGGUGCCUCGCCCAUGGGCCUGACCUCGCCGCCGCUGGCGCCGGCCGUCAACGGCGAGAAGGCCAAGCUGCUCGAGAGCAGCCGCAAGGAGGCCAAGAAGUGGUACCUGGGCAUCGUCUCGUCCAAGCACCCGCGGGAGAUCAUGCGCCACGUCCUCUUUGCCCUCAAAGCCACCGGCUUCGAAUGGAAGCAGGUCAGCACGUAUCAGGUGCGAUGUCGCCAGGUGGGCAACUUUGACGAUGCGAGCGAGGAGGCCGAGAGCGACCGCGAGCGCGGCAUCUUCUCGUCGUCGAGCGGGGAGGAUCUCACCCACCACCGCAUCAGCAGCGCCUUCACCAGCCCACGCGGCGACGUCGCCCCUGGUGGCGGCGGCGUCGGCGACUCGACGCCGACCCCGCCCGGCAACAAGGGCCGACGACGCGAGCGGUCGGCCAGCAGUCGCGAGCGGUCCAUCAGCCCACCGAACCGGCGCGGCAGCAGCCCGGGGCGAGAGAUCAUCGCCCUGGACGGCAGCGGCAGCGGCGGCGGCGGCGGAAGUGGGCGAGAGCGGCGGGCGAGCGGCGAGUCGGAGCGGGGGUCGAUCAUGGCGGCGAUGAUGGCCAUGAUGGGGUCGCGCGACAAGACGACGUCGACGAUGCGGAAGAGCGACACGAGCGACGCGGCGGCUGCCGAUGAAGAGGAGGGCGAGCGAGAGUCGACAGCGCGACGACGAAGCGAGGACGGCGUCGUGUCGUCUUCUUCGUCUUCAUCAUCGACGACGACCACGCCGGUGCGACGAGGCCGAUCGGCGACGACGAACGUCGAGCGGCGCGGCAGCCUCAGCGCGAGCGGUGCCACCACCACCGAAGCCGCGGCUGCGAGCAGCAAGCGGGUCAAGCUGUCGAUUCAGCUGUUCAAGCUCACGUCGGGCCGGUACCUGCUCGACUUCAAGAAGCUGGGCGGCGACACCUUCGGCUUCUUCAACUGCUGCUCGGACCUCCUCGUCCACCUCUCCCAGACCAUCACCGAUGAAAAGCCCAAGUGA